AUGUCCAAGGCAUCGCAGCCGGAGCUCAAAAAAUUCAUGGACAAGAAAUUGUUCGUCCAUCUUCAAGGCGGCCGCAAAGUCAGCGGAGUCUUGCGCGGCUACGACCUAUUCCUCAACCUUGUUCUUGAUGAUGCGACGGAGGAGACGACCCCCGCACAAAAGCACCCCAUCGGUACCGUUGUUAUCCGAGGGAACAGUGUAUCAUCGAUGGAGACCUUGGAGGCGAUUCGGUAG